AAAAAAUCUCGACGCCGAUUGGCUGAGACCCGGAUGCUCGGCCGUGACGUCAUCGGGCGGGUGGUACAAAAAGCCCUCGUAAAGACCCGAUUUUCCCAGUGCUUCACAGGUCACCGUCACGAGCAAAAAGUCCUGAGAGCAAGAUGGCCAAGAUUUCCACCUCAGAGGCAGCGAUGGUGGUGAUGCUCGGCGUGCUUUUGGGAGGCACGGUGGCCAUUCCUUCGCGUGUGGCCAACAGGAUGAUCCCGAGUUGGUGGCUGACGGCUCGGACUCAGAAAUCCUGCGUGUCUUGGUCGGACUGCAACGUGGACGAGUGCUGCGCCCGCCCCAUGCUGUCGUCCAACUCGUACUGUCUGCCGUUCAAGGCCGAGGGGGAAACGUGCGAUGCCUCCGCUAUGCUGCUGGAUAUCCAUAAUGAGGUAUUCUUCGACCACUGCCCCUGUGAAACCCACCUGACCUGCGCCAAGAUGCAUUCUCAGACGGUCUGCGUUGACCCAGCCUCCCUCUCUCGCAUGACCCCGCGUCCCUCCCCACAGCCUCUGCCCAUUAAGCUGUAGAGCAGGACCUUUUGACCUUCCGUGUCAAGGUUCCAGCCGUGACCUAGACUUUUUGCUGACCUUUUUCGGGGUUGGGUCGUAAGAGAGGAGUGUAUUUAAUGUAAUUUUUGUUUGUUUGUUUGUUUUUUAGUUCUUUUUUUUCUUUCUCCCUCUCUCUCUCUUUAUGUUUUUAUUUUUUUUCUGACUGUCUGUUUCUUUCUUCCUCUCUGUCUUUUUU